GCCAACUAGAAUUGCACUUGAGCGGGUUAGAACUUACCCGGAUGCCAUGACCGCCACUCCACCCGGUUCUUUCACUUGCAUAGCGUUGUUAGCCUUUUAAAACAAGUUCUUGUUGCGCAUCAUAUCUGUUGAAAUGAGUCAUAUAUAUCAAUGCCCUCGUCUGCCUUUGUAGGUUUAGCCCUAGGGGAUGCACCUGCACCAUCCUCGGUGCCGUAAGGCAUCAUGGAAUGUAUCGUCCUUGAUGGGAGUUAGUUGGCAUAGAGACAUAACCGUUCGACAACUACGGCGACACCCGGGCCUGCGUUCCUUGCCUAGCCUGAAAUGCCCUUGCAAGCAAGCCGACGGCCUCGCUUUACGGGCGACGCAGCGCUCAGAUAUCGUCAAGCCAAACGCUCGUCCAGGUUCGCAUCAGACAUCUCUUUCGCCUGCUAUAUUCCCGCUGGAGCCUCGUCAGCUAGCAACGGCAUCCAUCGCGCCGGCCAUCCCUAGCACUUCUCCUGGAGACGCGCCGUUGGGUGCAUCCAGCAGCGGUAGCGACACCCACAGCAAUCCAAAGCGGCGGACCAAUAACAGCAGCCAUGAAAGCACUUCUGGCAGUAGCAACAGCCUCUGUGACGGCAGCAGCGCCCUUACCAGCUUCCUCUCAUCCGACAAUGGCCAUGUCCGGGGUCCUGGUCAAACCCUCAUCCUGCACGCAUCCACCUCCGAACAGACAACCCCAGCCGUCCUCGUUCCCCGUCCCGGCCGGCGCGGGGCCAAGCCAGCUCCUGCACGGCAACGUGGGCCCCUCCAACCUUCCAACCCAGGCCUCACGCCUGCCAAGCCAGCCUCAGCAGCCGCGCACACCGCUGCCGUACAUGGAUCUAAGUCUUCGCCACUUCCAGCAUCGGCAGCCGCAGCAGCUGCACCACCAGAGGACCUAGCUGCACAACCGCCGCCCCCAACCGUCUCGCAGCUCCAGCAGCACAUCAAGCGGCUGCAGCGCUGUGGCCGGAAUGGGGCCGCGCUGGAUCUGUCGUACGAAGCCAUGUCGUACUAUCCGGAAAUUCGCAGCUUCUGGGCUACAGUGGGGUCCCUGGAGAGCCGCAUGGGUCGACAUGACGCGGCUUUGAAGGUGCUAGAGGAGGGACUCAAGAGGUGGCCUGGCAACCCUGGGUUGCUGACUGCACUUGGCCGCGCUCGAGCCUCAAUCGGCGACAGGGCAGGCGCGCGAGCAGCCUUCAAAACAGCAGCAAAGCGGGAACCCAACAACCCCGUGCUGCUGCAGGCAUGGGCGCUUGUAGAGGCGGAGGAGGGGGAUCUGCCAGCUGCCCGGCGCCUCUUCCGCGGAUCUAUUCGGGCGGACCCCCGCCAUGCAGCCGCCUACACCGCCUGGGCGCGCAUGGAGGCGGCGGCGGGGGGCGAGGUGGAGGCGAGGAGGCUGUUUGUGGAGGGGCAUGCGGCGAGCCCGGACCAUGUGCCGCUGCUGCAUGCCUGGGCCGCCUUCGAGGAGCAGCAGGGCAAGCCGCAGGAGGCCCGCCGGCUGCUGCAGGAGGCGCUGCAGCGGGAGCCGCAACACAUGCCCUCCUGGAUGGCGCUGGGCCGGCUGGAGUGGCGGCAGGGCAGUCCGGCGGCCGCCCGGCGGGUGUUCCAAGCGGGACUGGCGCAGGUGGGCGGCGCGGCGCCGCUGCUGGGGGCGCUGGGGGAGCUGGAGCUGCGCAUGAGGAACGUGCGGAGGGCCAGGAACAUCUUUCGCGCCGCCCCCCGCCACGUGCCCGCACUCAUCUCCGCCGCCAUGCUGGAGCACCGGGCAGGCAACAGCGCAAAGGCGGAGGAGCUGUACGCACAGGCAGCGGCGGCUGUGGAGGCGGGCGUGGUUCGGGAGAGCGAAGGCGCGCCGAGACGACCCUGGCGGUCACCGUUUCGGAGCGGUGAUGCUGCCGACGACUCGGGUGCUGCUGCGGACACAGACUCUGCAUCCGGGGAUGCUACACGUGCCGAUACACCCAACGGGGUUGGGGAUGCCCCACCUGCAACGAUGCCUCAAUCGCAUGCGGAAGGGCAGGAGGAGGGCCGUGGCGCGGAUGUUGAGGCGUCGGCUAGCAGUGCUGACCUAGGCAAGGGCGGUCGCCGCGGCGGAGUCCUUACCUCGGAUGUCGUUUUGCUGCAUGCACGUGCCAUGCGACACCUACGGGAUGGAGACCUGGCGGCGGCGGAGAAAUGCCUGGCGGCGGUUGAGGAGGUUGAUCCGUACAACGGUUACCUCUGUCACACGCGGGGACUGCUGAGUCAGCGGGAGGGAGCCACGGACAUGGCCGAGUUGUGGUUCCGGAGGGGUCUGAGCUGCCGCAAGCGUGGAGGCAGGGGAGCGCUGCUGUGCUACGAGGGCCUAGCGGAACUUCUGGCCUUCCUGGGCCGAAGCGACGCCGCUCGCGCCGUGUGGCAGGAGGGAGCAGCGGCCGUGCAUCCCACCACCUCCCGCUUCCUGCGGCAGGCCGCUCUGUUUGAGAAGCGGGAGCGCAACUGGGGUGCGGCCCGGGCGCUGUUCGCGGACGCUGUACGGCGGGAUCCCCAGGAUUACCGCAGCUGGUUGAAGUGGGGCGUGUUCGAGCGGGGGCGGGCCAAAUGGGCGGCAGCUGAGCGGUGCUUCCUUCGAGGCACGGAGCUGGCACCAGGCAACCCGCACAUCUGGUACUCCUACGCCACCAUGCUGAUCGCGCUGGGGCAGCUGGAUCGGGCCCGAGCGGUGCUGGGGGCCGCAACUCGCAACUGCCCCCGCUGCGCACCGCUGUGGAUGGAGUGGGCGAUGAUGGAGGCGGCGGCGGGGCAGGUGGAGAAGGCCCGCACGUUGUUCAAGAUGGGUUCCGAUGUGCCCCCAGCCAACCAGCACGCGCCGCUCUACCAGGCUUGGGCGGCUCUGGAGGCGCGGCAGGGCGACACCGCAGCGGCGGCGCAGCUGAGCCAGCGGGCGGAGCAGCUGCUGGCGGGGAGCCCCUGGAGGCAGCAGCGGAGAGGCGGG